AGGUCCCAAGUUUGAGCAACACAUAAUGUUGGUAACACUGAUGGUAUGUGACAGGUGGAUGGCAAGUCUCUACAAGGCUACUCCAACUUUGAGGCUGUAGACUUGCUAAGGGCCACUGGACAGAGUGUGAGGUUGACAUUGGAGAGGUAUCUGAGAGGUCCCAAGUUUGAGCAACACAUAAUGUUGGUAACACUGAUGGUAUGUGACAGGUGGAUGGCAAGUCUCUACAAGGCUACUCCAACUUUGAGGCUGUAGACUUGCUAAGGGCCACUGGACAGAGUGUGAGGUUGACAUUGGAGAGGUAUCUGAGAGGUCCCAAGUUUGAGCAGUUGCAGCAGGCCAUCGCUAAUCAGCAGCUGAAGCCACCCACUCCUAAUUCACCCUCUGCCAUGUCGCUACCCAAGUACCAGCUUAGUAUGGAUGGAGAAUCAGCAGAAGUGGAGGUGGAGCCGGAAGCCGAGUCACAGACCACCAUAGACUCAGCCGUGUUGGCUGAGGCAGCAAAUCAUGAGAUCAAUGUAGAAGACAUAGAGCUGCUGAUAGAUGAAGAUUAUGAUGGUCCUCUCAAGCCAACAGUGGAGGCUGCCAUCAAAGCCAAGUGGAACAAGAUCUUAGGACCUGACGUUGACAUAGUGGUAGGACAGCUGUGCAAGUUUGGUGAAGGAGGAGGUCUGGGGAUUAGCCUAGAGGGUACUGUAGAUGUGGAGGAUGGCCAGGAGGUGAGACCUCAUCACUACAUCAGGUCCAUCCUACCUGAGGGGCCUGUUGGACAGAACGGCCAACUGAAGAGUGGGGAUGAACUGCUAGAGGUCAAUGGACACCGUCUGCUGGGGAUGAACCACAUCGAGGUUGUUUCCAUCUUGAAGGAUCUCCCGGUGAAUGUGAGGAUGGUCUGUGCUCGAAGGUCUCCGGACUCUACACCUUACCGCCUCAUUGAUACGUCCCAAGACAAGGCUGCCUUUGCUGCUAGGAGUCUUCUCGGUGGUAGUUUGCAGAACCUAAUCCCUGCUAUGGAGAGGCUCGUCAAAGCCAAAUCGGACGGCUCAUUGGCGUCCACCACCACAGCCACCACUGAGCCCAGUCUUAGCAAGCUCAAGAGCCGUUCGCUGGAGCCUCUCACAGGCCUCGCUAUGUGGAGCAGCGAGCCGCACAUCAUCGAGCUGGUCAAGGGAGAGCGCGGUCUGGGCUUCUCUAUACUCGAUUACCAGGACCCAAUGAACCCGAGCGAGACGGUGAUCGUAAUACGAUCUCUGGUGCCGGGCGGUGUGGCGCAAAUGGACGGCCGACUAAUCCCCGGUGAUCGUCUGUUGUCCGUCAACGACGUGUCGCUCGACCACGCCUCACUAGACCAGGCCGUGCAGGCUUUGAAGGGUGCUGCGAAGGGAGCGGUGAGGAUCGGAGUUGCCAAACCGCUGCCAAUACCCGACUCUGUCAGCCAUAGUCAGCAAGAGUUCCUGGAAGGAUUGAGCCAGGCGACACCCACCCUGGACGACCAUUCCAUGUAUUCCUGCUCCGGAUCAUUGCCUUCUGACCUGGAAGAGGACGAAGCCCCGCCUGCCCUCCCUACCUCUCCUCCGCCAGACACAGACCUUCUGAGUGAUGACGUCAUGCUGGAGUCUCACACGCCAGACACUCUGUUAUCAGUGGAUGGUGUCGUUGACUUGGAAGCUGACAAAUCAGUGCCUUUACCCUCCGAGCUUGAGCAAGAGAUCAAGAUACACAAGGGUUCUGAACCCUUAGGACUCAGCCUAGACUGUGCCGAGGAUGGUGAUGGGAUGGUGGUGUCGGAAGUGUUGCCAGGUGGCGCAGUGGACAAGGACGGUCGGAUCCGGGUUGGUGAUCUUGUACUGAGCAUCAACAACGAGAGCUUACGACACGCUACUCCUGCGCAGUGUAGAGCGAUACUGCGAAGGGCCCAGCUCAUCACUACGGACAUCAAUGUUCGGUACGUGCCGGCUCCAACUACUUUGGAUUACCGGAAGACUUCGCUGCAAGUUGAGUCGUUUGCGGCUCCGGUCAAAUCCACCGUCGUCACUCAAAUCUCCCCUAGGAUAUUUCCAGACUACUACAGAUCGCCCUACAUCACCCAAGAGGUGACGGUCCAAGUUCCGUCAGUCCCUGUGGUUAUCCCGAGUGAUCAGCUGUCACCCACCAGCGUUCUCUCUGAAGGCAACGAGUCAUUCGUCGACUGCGACAGCAAACGAACCGACAGUCUCUCAGACGACCGGGAGCCGUUUAGAGAGCCUGAAAGUGACAUUAAACUUAUUGAGGAACCUGCCGAGGCGAAAGUCGGCGAAUCCGAAGUUGAAUCGGAAGUGAUAGAGAGGACAGAAACCGUUAUAGUUUUGGAGUCACCUCUUGAGAAACUCUCACGAGAAUCGGUAGAAAGUGUUGAAAGUGUUGUGUCAGACAGAUCGUUGUCGGUGGUGAGUGGAGAAAUAAGAAGGACUUCUGUGAUAGACCCUCCCUCGGGGUUUCAGACUAGCUCGCCUUCCUCUAGGGAAGACCUUCGCGAGGAACUCGAACCUGAAACUUGUGAAACUGAACCUGAAGUUUGUGAGGAAACUUGUGUGGAAGUUGAAACUUGCGAAUCUGAAGUUGUUCAUCCACCCAUUGUUGAAGUCCCGCCGUGGACUCGAAGUGACCUUCGCACUUCGUCCAAGCUCUUCCGAGGACAAAGUGUAGAUAAUCGUCAGAGGUGUUCUUCAUUGACGAUAUCACGGUUAAUCGCACCUUUAAUCAUUCCUGUGAUAUCAGUACCUGUUAUACGAUUACCUGAAGAAGAUGAGGUUGACAGCUCAGUCAGUGUAAUACGUCGUGGUCAGCUGCUGAGGUCAGCCAGCACAGGUCAAGAGGUCGAUGCUGUAGGUCUAGACAACAUGACAGUGACCAACACAUCACAGUCCCAAUCCUCAGUGUUGUUGGCCAAACAUUGGGGACCGGAACGCAACGUCCAUGUGCUGAGAGAACCAAACUGCAGUCUGGGCAUCAGCAUAGUAGGUGGCAAGGUUGACUUGUACAAUGCCGGAGGUGACAGUGGCUCAGCCAUUUCUGGUAUCUUCAUCAAGAACGUCCUGCCCCAAAGUCCUGCAGGACGCACAAACGAACUCAAGACGGGUGACCGUAUCUUGGAGGUAGAUGGUAUUGACCUCCGCACGGCCAGUCAUGAGAGAGCUGUGGAAGUGAUCAGGGCCGCUGGCAACCCCGUCAGGUUCUUGGUGCAGUCUCUAGUACAGUGGAGUGUUGACAGUGAGAAUGAAGGAGCCUCAGGCUACAAUUACAGCCGAGGGAUGUCUGUGAAGAAGAAGGCUCCUGCUCCACCUUCACCUACAGAUCUACUCAAGGCCACCCCCUACCCCAUCCCUCAGGCUCGUACACCUACCCCUGAACUGAUACAGGAUGGCUGGUCAGAUGGGAGGAGGCAGAGUCAGCAGGGUGGUCGUAGAGCCUCUACCAAGGCCCCAGCCCCCCGUCAGGCCUCUGUCAAGAAGUACUCAUCAUCCGAGGAGAGUGAUGACGAGGAGGACACUCGAGACAUGGAGGGCCGCAUAUACACCAAGAAGGGAGUAGAGAUAUCUCGUGCGAGUGCAGGCAACGUAAAGCGAACGAAAGAAGAAAUAGAUGCUGACCCAGAAGAGGAGGAUGACUUCGGCUACACGCAAAAUAAAGUGAAAAAGAAGUAUGGGAACCUGGGGCCGGGCGUGGUCAUGGUGCAGCUGGAGAAGGGCCACCAAGGGCUGGGCAUCAGUCUGGCCGGGCACAAGGACCGCAACCGUAUGGCAGUGUUCGUCUGCGGGAUCAACCCCAAGGGCUCUGCCUUCAAGACCGGGGGAAUCUGCGUGGGAGAUGAGAUACUCGAGGUGAAUGGAGUGGUCCUCCAUGGAAGGUGUCACUUGAAUGCCUCAGCCAUUAUCAAGGGUCUGCCCGGCCCCACGUUCAAAGUCAUAGUUCUAAGGAAGGAUGAAGGUCUAGAAAGCCUAGCAGUCAAGCCUAUAACGCAAUUCCCCGUCUCACUCGAUGAUGAGACGCCCGAGCAGAGAUACGCCAACUUCAAAGGUCUUCGAACAGUUAACAUCAAGAAGCCCAGUUUUACGGAGAGUGGAGCCACCUCCCCUACCCAGCAGACCGGCCAGGGUCUGGGUAUCAUGAUCAUUGAGGGGAAACAUGCUGAAGUUGGGCAAGGAAUAUUCAUUUCUGACAUCCAAGAAGGCAGCGCAGCAGAGCAGGCUGGGUUGGUAGUUGGAGACAUGAUUCUUGCAGUCAACAAAGAUACCCUAUUAGGCUCUAACUAUGAUGCAGCUGCAGCGCUUCUCAAGAAGACAGAAGGUGUAGUGACUCUAGUUGUAUGCAACCCCAACAAACCUAAAGCUGAAGAGAAGACGGACGCUGCUGCACCGAGAAGUCCGACUCCACAACCACCCAAGGAACCAGAGAAACCAAGACUGACUGACCCCGCCACCCUGGCAGAGGAGCCGCCAGCAGACCCAGCUACUGCCCCCGUCACCCCUGGAAAGGAGAGCACCAUAGAGAUCAACAAGGACAAAAUGGGACUGGGGCUGAGCAUAGUGGGCGGUUCCGACACAUUGCUGGGAGUUAUCAUCAUUCACGAGGUGUAUCCUGACGGAGCUGCAGCCAAGGAUGGUAGACUCAAGCCUGGAGACCAGAUACUGGAAGUGACAAGUGAAGAUUUCCGCAGCAUCACCCACAGCAAGGCCCUCGCUGCUCUUAGACAAACACCUGCCAAGGUUAAAAUGGUGGUGUUCAGAGAUGAAGCUGUAGUCAGUGGCAAGGAGGAAGAACUGAUGGACAUUAUGGAGAUCGAACUGACGAAGAAACCGGGUAAAGGUCUCGGUCUGAGCAUCGUUGGUAGAAAAAACGGCCCUGGGAUAUUUAUUUCUGAUGUUGUCCAGGGUAGCACGGCUGGUACUGAUGGUAGACUGAUGAAAGGAGAUCAAAUACUCUCAGUGAACGGACAAGACCUUAAGAAUUCAACACAGGAGGAAGCAGCCGCAGUGUUGAAAACAGCAGCUGGCAAAGUCACCAUGAAAUUAGGCAGAUUAAAAGCCAGUGAGAGCAGCGACGUGGGAGGGCCCGAGUCAGCAGUCCGCACAGUGGUGUUAGAGCGAGGACCGGAGGGGUUAGGCUUCAGUAUCGUCGGAGGCCACGCUUCGCCGCACGGAGACCUGCCUAUCUACGUCAAGACAGUGUUUGACCACGGUGUGGCGGCCAGCGGCGGCUUGCGACACGGUGACCAGAUACUGGCGGUGGACGGUGUGUCGCUGGUCGGUCUGACACAUCAGGAGGCAGUGGCGGUGCUCAAGCAGGCGGUGGGGACUGUCUCUCUCACUGUGCAAAGCUGAACUCUUCCUUGACUGAUGCAGGGUCCAGGGGAUGUAUGCAAAAACACACAAGUGUGGAGGUUUACUCAGUGUUAUGUUGAUACGUAAACAGUGAAGAUUGCAUCACUUUUUUACAUACAAAAAUGUUUGUCUAAAUUUACAAUAUUGUACAGUAAUUCAGCCAGAUUUUUUGACGGUAAAUAGUCUGGUUCCAAAUAAAGUACCUCAAAGAUACUAAUACCAUAUAUUUUCUCUUAAAUUUUAACGUCAUUACAACUAACCAUUGUCUGAAUAUGUUAAAAGAGAAGUGUGUGUCUGUUCUGUAUUGCUUAGUAGGAUGUGACGUUUGAUUAACUUAAGAGGGUGUAAUAUUUUAUGUGGUAAGUUUUACAAAUUUUUUUUUUAUUCAUACAUUUAUUUCUUGUUGAGCAGUAAGAAAGGGCUGUUGUUUGAUAAUUAUUUUAAUGUCAAUCUAUUUAUCUUACGGUAAAAUACUCUGAGAAUCCUCAAAAGUUUUUAGUGAAUAGUUUUCACAACAUUAUGAGUUUCACAACUAAUAACAGCUCUUUUUCCAUAAUUCUUUGGAUGUUUUGACUACUUGCAAGAUAUAAAUCAAUGUUAUUGUAUGUAUUUACUUGUGCCAAAUAAGACAUGACUGAUAAACACAGGUGGGUUAAAGCUUAAAGCUCACCCUAAGCAAUGCAGCUAGCUAGUAAGCUACCUGCAAGGUAGAAAAAAGAUAGGUUUUGUAGGCCAAGUUCUAUCUCUGUAUUGGAAAUUAGGUUAUCUGUUAGAAAGACGUUAUUAGUCACCUUCGUUAUCUUUUCACAUUUUAUCCGUACAACAUCUCUAAACAAAGUUGUGAUUUAAACAAUUUUCCCUCAUUUCAGUCAAUUUACAUCCUUUUUGAAACCUGCUCAUUUAGCUGAUAUACUUUUAAUUAGGUUCACUAUUUAUUUUCUUACCAGUGUGUAAGGUUGAUCUAUAUUACUUUGCUGUAUAUAUCCAGAAAAUGUUUUCUUAACAAUGUACCAUUAAAAAAAACUUAAUUAAAACAGGUGAAGACAAUUAUUAUGAUAAAUAUUUGCAUACAUCCCCUUGGCAUAUCCCAGUGCUGUAAUUGAACUGUUCCAAUUGCCUACCUGGUAUGCCUUAUCAUUGUUGCAAGAUGGCAUACCAAGUAGUGUUAGCCUACUAUCGUAGUAUGGUGUCUCAUACUCGCUAUAUACCAAGUACUGCCUAGAUUGCGGCAAAGUCCAGUUAUUCAAAGUCAUAGGUUUCAAAAUAAGUGAUUGUUAUUUAUGUUUAUAUUGUAUUAUAUUCGUUAAAGGUCGGUACAUUUACUGUGGAGUGUGGAGGAAUAUUUUGACGGUAAUGUUCGUUAAACUUUACCAACUUUUGAGUUAGAUUCCUGAAAGUAUUGCAACAGAGAAAUUCUGUGUCUGAAAGAUUUAGCUUGUUUAACUUUGAUUAUAUUAGAUUGAAAAAUUUUUGACACAAAAACCCUAAUUAGUAUUUGUUUUCAUCAUUUUGUCAGAUACUUUUGCUACAACAUAAUGAUAAGCCAGUCAAUAUAAAGCGUUAACGAACAUUACUGCCACAAUAUUUCCUGCGCCGUGGAGUGUCAAUAGAUAGUGAGUGACCCGUGGUGCUCCGUGUGGACGUGUUUGAACGUGCCUGGACUGCACAGCAGCACGAGGCCAAUGAGGGACCAUAGCCAGUCGUAAACAUAGAAUAGUUACACCAUAGAUCCUUUAGAUACAAGUGCUUGAGGUACUAGUGACCCUUGUGAUACAAUCGCUUACCGUCGACUUUUGUUUCUCUUGUGUUAUCUUUGUAUGUCGUGUCGUUUGGCUUAACAGAUUUUAACCGGCCCGCUGUGAGGGGCAUGUUAAUCAUGUUAGAGUUUAAUAGCGUUGAGUAAAAUGAGAAACUUUAUUUUAAAUUUCCGAUUAGUUACCGGUGACGCAAAUGUAAAUAGGACCGUUGGACGGUCAACCCAAAACGAGUGCCAUUAACUCCUAGACCGAUCGGAUCGUUUGAAUUACUGUAUUUAUAUGAUAGCUCAAAUGAGUCGUAUAGAUAGCUUAAGUAGUGUUAUAUUUUAUAGAUACUCGUAUUGUUCGGUAAGGAAAACUGAUUUGUAAUGUCGAUUAAAUCGCAGUUUCUAACUACAGAGUGCGUUUUUUGUUUGGUUAUCCUUGUUGAAUUGAAGUACUGUGAGAGCAGCUAAACUCACAUUAAAGUGAUUGUAGUUCAGGUUGUAUAAUGAGAGAUGAUUUAUAAAGAACGAUUCUCAUUUGAAGAUUUUAUCUGUUUGGGAGAAAUGUUAAAAUUUAUUUUUCUAAGUUGUAUGCAUCAAAUGCGAUCAGAGAGCUCCUAUUCAGUCAUAUCACAAAGCUACUCUGGAGAAAUGUCCGAACAUGGUUCAUAGUUACUCUUAGAUUGUCUUAGGAUCAUUUGUAAAAUGCUGCCACAAUUUCAUUAAAUGUGCAUUAUUAAGUUUG